AUGAGGGGGAAGAACGCGAAGAAGCUGCGCUACCUGGACUCAAAGGGGAUGCUGUACUCGAACGGGAUAGCGUACGAGGGGGGGGUCAAUCACCCCAGUGGAAACAACAAGGAGGAGGAUCUCAAAUUGGUGAAAAAUUACAGUGAGCUGCAAAACUUACUGCGAAAGGAAGAAGAGCAGCAUGAGGCCCUAAAAAAGCAGCUGAAUCUGCUGCAAAAGCAAAGGGACCUAUUGCAGUGGCACCUUUGCAAUAAUGUUAAAAAGCUAAGCAUGCAGAGAAGCGAAUGCAAAUUCAAGGAGCAGUCUAGCUCUAAGCUGGAGGGAAAGCUGCAGCUACUGAAGGAGAACACGAAGAUGCACAAGCUGGAGCGUGACAUUCUGGAGGAUGAAGUGAACAGCAUGGAGGAGCAACUGCAGAGUAGAGUAAAUCUGAAGGCGAAGGUGGAGAAGCAGUUUAAUCGAUGGAUGGUUAAACAAAAGGAAUAUUUAAAGGACUUAGCCCAGGAAAGGAGGAGCGCCUUUCAGGAGAGGAACAACAGACAGAAGCAGUUGAAGAAGCUACUUCUGGUGGUGAAGCAGGAGGGUAUCAAGAGCUACGACAUGGACUACCUCAAGAUGUGUGAGCUUAACCUUGUGAACCAACUAAGUCAUCACAGGGAUUAUAAGACGCUGGAGAUGGGCGCGGCAAAGGGGUCACCUUAG